UCCUCCCCCUCCCCCACCCCGGGGGCAGACGCCGUCAUGUGGCCGGCCAUUCCCGGGUCGUUAAAAGCCGGCCGCCCCUCCCUGCGGCCCCGCCCCUCCUGGCCCUGACGUCAUAGGAUUCGACAUCAGUCUCGUCGCGGCUUCCCGUCAGACCUCGUUCCCCGGAAGUGGUGGGAACGUUCUUCUCGAGCGCCGGUUUCUGUGGGAGGCGAAGAAUCCCGGAGGACCGGAAGAAUCCCGGCGGACUCGUUCUCGGUGCCGCGUAACUCCUGGCGCCAUGGCGGCCAGCUGCUGGCAGGUGUGGCGGCGGUCCUGGCGCGCGGCCGCUCGGAGCCUGACCUCGGAGCCCGCGCACGCGCAGCCGGAGGCGGCCCGGAGGCAGCUGGCGGACCUGGGCCUCAGCGAGAGCCGCGUCCGGGAGCUGUUGCGGAUGCAGCCCGGGCUCGGGCCGCAGCGCCUGGUGGCCGCCGUGUCGCAGCUCUUGCUGCUGGGCCUGGGGCCCGAGCCCGCCUGCGAGGCCUUGAGGAGAAACCCGCAGAUCCUGCGGCUGCCGGGGCAGCGCCUGAAGGAGCGCGCCGCCCACCUGCGGCGCCUGGGGCUGGGCGAAGGGCACUUGGAGCACAUGACUCGUUGCUGUCCAGAGCUGUUCACCAUGAGCCAGCAACGUAUCGACGCUCUCGUCUCCGUCCUGAAGGACAAGUGCCUUUUCAGCAGUCAGCAGGUGGCAGAGAUUGUGGGCAGCUGCCCCCAGGUUCUGCAGGAGGAGCCCAUGGCCUUGGAGUAUAAAUUCCAGUACGCCUACUUUAGGAUGGGGAUAAAGCAGCACGACUUGGUGAAGACCAAGUACUUCCAGUACUCGAUGACCAAGAUCAAACAGAGGCACAUCUUCUUAGAGCGACUGGGCCUGUACCAGACUCCUGAUAAAAAGGGACAAACACAGAUCUGCAACCCUUCCGUGAACUCGAUUUUGAGAGUCUCAGAAGCAGAGUUUUUAGCCAAGACAGCGCACUCCUCUUCAGAGGAGUUUGAGAUCUUUAAGAAGCUCUUAGCUCGGGAGGAACUAGAGGAGGAGGAAGGUUUGCGUGCAUCCGACGAGGAGGACCCCGAUCUGUCGGACUCGGACGAUUCUGGUGACGAGAAGGACUGAUGGGCGGCGAUGAACGGGGGAGGCCGAGGGAGCAGUUCACUUGGGGAAGAUGUUUGCCGCAAGGGUCGUUUGAGGAUUCCUCUGGAGACAUGGGUCUGUGACUAGCCUGGCAGACUUUAAGUGGAGGCUCCAACCUCGCUUUUUGCCCUCCAAUGUGUUGCUCACCCAGCCUGGCUUCCUCCCGUUGGGAAAGAGUGAACUAUUGGGGGUCAGUGGCGAUGGUAAAACUGGGAAGGGGCUGGGGGGAAGUCACUCUCGGGGUACAGCAGGUCCCAGGGGCCCUUGUUCUUAACCUGAAAAUGGCUGAUGCCUCUUGAUUGCAGUGCGCCAUUCUGAAGUUCUGCUCUGCCUUGGGCUUCAUGCUGCUCAUAUACAAGGUUCUGUGAUCACGGCCAGUCCCAGCAAAUGAGGAGUCCUCCUUGUGGCCGGCCCUGUGACUGGGCAGCCUGGUUUCUGUCAUGGGUUGGGCCUUUUUGAGUCUGUGGCCUUGAGGUUUCAGUAGCGGCCGUCACAGCAAGCUUCCACAUUUUAUCCCCCCCAGAAAAAUUGUAUCUCCUCAGGAUGGACUCAAUCCCACAUGGGUGGGAUCCUCGUGUUAGAUCCUGCUAAGGGUCUGGGCUGGGCUCUGGGACACAAAGCCCUGGAAAGCUAGAGGACCCGGCUUCGGAUCCUGGUCCAGCCACUCAGUUUCCUUAUCUGUAAAAUGGGGGGUUGUGAUCCUGUCAUUUUUUACUCGGGUUUGUUGCUUAGUUUAUUAAGGAUCAUUUACUGCUCUGUGGUGAGCUCACUUUUCCCCCUUAUUGGGAUAUAGAGGAAUGACUAACAAAUUAUUAUUAAACAACUUACAUUGAAAAAUGUCAAUGUAAACUUCCUGAGAUUGAUCUUUAGAUUUCCUUAUGUGCUGACUCCCCCUUACACAGCCAAAAAAGCUGCUUCAAGAAAUAAAUUGUAUUUUUAAAUAUU